CAACUGUGGUCCGUUAGCAGCACCCACGCGCACUUCAGUUCGACUACACGGCGCAAUGGUGUGCAGGAAGUUCGCGCAAAGCCUCUCGAGGGCCGUCGACACAUUCGGAAGCCAAUCGUGGACACAAUGCGCGCGGACAGCACGACGCAGCCUGCAACCCCCGACAUCACGAUGCAUCUCCACGACUGUAUCGAGGCCUGCCGAGAUCGAGACUGAAAUUCAGGAGCCGUUCACAGCCGCAAAGCCGUUCGACUUUGAGGCUGAAAUUGGAAGGAAAGACGGUGGAAAGAAGGACGGCAAGAACAUCCUGCGGACACUGCGCGUCGUGCCUGCAUCGCCUUCCUACUUCAGCGCAAAGCCUACUUUCACCGACGACUUCCUCUCGCUCUCCGCGCUUCUCCGCAAAGUCGCUACCCUGCCCACAAUACCGAACGCCGAGGCACCAAAGGUCGCAUGGAAGACUGUCGAGCAGUACCGCAUCAUGACCAACGAGCCUGUCAAGACCCAACGCUUCCAUAAGAUGCUGCACAUUCUACGGAGAUUGAACUGCAUCCACCCACAGCUGAUGCCUGAGGAGGUUGUAGAGGCGAUGAAGCGCUACAAGAAGCCUAGCCAGCCCGGCGACGUCAAGCCGAAGCCUGGUGUGAUCGAUGAACUGGGCAGGGCUAAGGGUGUCGGGCGAAGGAAGACAUCUUCUGCGGUCGCAUGGCUUGUAGAGGGCGAGGGUGAGGUGUUGAUCAACGGCCAAUCCCUUACUGAGUUCUUUGGGCGACUGCAUCACCGAGAGAGCGCUGUAUGGGCGCUGAAGGCUACCCAGCGACUCGACAAGUACAACCUGUUCGGUCUGGUACAGGGUGGUGGAUCGACCGGUCAGGCGGAGGCCAUGACGUUGGCGGUAGCGAAGGCAUUGUUGGUGCAUGAGCCGGCGCUGAAACCAGCUCUGCGACGAGCUGGUUGUAUCACUCGCGACCCGAGAAAGGUGGAGAGGAAGAAGCCUGGCCACGUCAAGGCUCGCAAGAUGCCUACCUGGGUCAAGCGUUGAGGUGGAACCUCCUUGUACAUUAUCAUGUAUGUCUUCGUACUUGUUGGCAUUUAGCGUAGUCGAAUGUAAGAUGAUCCAGGUGGCUAGAGCGCAUGGUGCGAAACUGGUAGAUCAGUCAGAACUGUGUAUACCCUGUCGUAUUUAGGCGUUAUGUUGGCUCUUGUACAAAUUAUCGACGAGCACUGCGCCAGUGUCGCCCAAGUGGGCUCUGGAUGGUCAGAGCAAGAGCAAGUACACAUUGGGCAAUCGAGCGGUCGAAUCUCGCUGC